UGGUUACAAAUGUUCAGGAUUUUAAAACUUCCAGUUGAUUUGGUUUCUAUGUUGAGUCGUUGACUGUUGUAUUUCGUUUGUUUUACGCUUACGGUCAGUGUUAGUUUUUCUCCACUUGUUUUUACUUUGCUUUUUAUGGUUAUUCUUUUUUGUUUGAGUUUAGCGGAAAAAUCUACAUAUCGAUUGAUAGGAUGCAAAGUGGAAAUGUUGUUGGAUUCGGUAGCGAUUGUUUGAAUGCACCCUGUGUAAAAUCGGAUCAACGGAAGCCGCGGUUUGCGGUUUUUUGUGUGAUUCCUCAUGGAGCUUAUCAUCCCGUUCAUGUGAUUUUAUGAUUAUUAUCAUUGCUACCUGUUGGAAUAGAAUUUCCUGGUUAUUGUUAUUGUAUUUCCGUUUUGCUGUGACCGUUGCCGUGGGGGAAUAAAUAGCGUCUGAGGAAUGGUUCAUGGGUUAACCUGUGCUUGUCGUAGAUGACUGACAUCAUUUUAUCGGAGUUUGUCAACGAGACAGGACUGGAGCCGGCGGUGGCGCAGGAUAUCCUCCUUAGUCAUUCCUGGGACCCCCAGGAGGCACUGAAAGCCGUCACCACCUUGAAGACAGCCAGACUCCGCGAGGGAAUCAAGCAGACCAGCCCCUCGUUGCCCUCACCGAAACGAUUCCCUGACCAACCGGCUGGACGAGUGGACAGCGCGGGCAACAUCAUUAUUCCCGUUGGACGACCUAUUCUCCAGAAAAAUGAUGCGGUGGAGAUUUCGGAGGACACAGCCGGGCGUAAGUGGAGUCGAGGAAUAUCGCGGGCAUCGGAGAAUCUGGCGCUGGUAACCCGUGCCCGCAGUGAAGUAGCCAAAGGUUUCACCCUGGAUGACCCAGCCUGUGUGCCUAACCAUACCUUUACUCUUCCGGAUUUGACAGUUAUUCAGCCGGAAGAUUUUCGUGCAUUUGUGGAGAAUGAUCUCAUUGAGACGGCUACAUUGGUCUCUCUGGAACAAGCAGGUCGGCUGAAUUGGUGGGCUGAUACGAAACCCUGCCAACGCCUACUUCCGCUGGCCACCACCGGCGACGGGAACUGUCUGCUGCAUGCCGCCUCCCUGGGCAUUUGGGGCUUCCAUGAUCGACUACUGACGCUGCGGAAAUCCUUGAACCACAUCCUCAGCCGUAGUGAGUACGAGGCGGCCAUUUAUAGGCGGUGGCGAUGGCAUCAAACCAUUUUGAACAAACAGAGUGGCCUAACUUAUACCGAGUCGGAAUGGGAUAAAGAAUGGUUCAAUAUCCUGAAAUUGUCUUCCACGGAGCCGCGCAGCAGGGUGCACAACUAUAUUUGUUGCGAGAAUUCUCCCAAGAAAAAUGGCCUGGCAGUGGUUGAAGAGAAGGAGAGCGAGACAACUGGUCCGGCAUCCUGUCAUGAUAGCACCGAUGAUAAUACUCAGUAUGAGAGUCUUGAGGAGGUGCAUGUGUUUGCACUGGCCUACGCCAUCAAACGACCCAUCAUCGUCAUUGCCGAGGUGUAUCUGCGGGAUAGUGCCGGAGAGCCCUUGGCGCCGAUUCCUUUCGGAGGGAUCUACCUACCCCUGGGAUGCGAUCCCAAAAAUUGCCGACGGUCACCUCUGGUGUUAGCCUACGACGCGGCCCACUUCUCCGCUCUAGUCCCCAUGAAACGCGACACCCCGACCGCCGACGCCGACCUCCCUGCCGUUAUACCGGUGACCGACAGCCAAGGCCAACUCCUUCCCAUCCUCUUCCUGGUGGACCCCGGCGAAUCCUUCCAAUGGGGCCACGAAGACAAUGAUCCGCAGGUGAUCCACCGGUUGACCAACAUCUCCGCCGCCGAAAAACUGCACGUCCUGCUCACCUACCUGGAUCUGGUGAAAGUGACGGCGGUGGGCAAGGGCAAGGACAGUGUGUCGUCCAAUGCGGGUGUGGAUGAUCGCCGCUCCACGGCGGAUUCCAAUGAGAGCGAGAGUUCUUCGGGCGGGCGGAGUGAUGUCAGUAAAGGGAAAACGGGGAUUGGGAAGCAUAUGAAGAGCGUCAAACAAAAGCUGAAGCGCAGCAUCUCUAAGUUGACGCGGCGCACCAGUGAGGAGAACGAUGUGGGUGUGGUGAAGGGGGCGCAGGAGAAGAACGCGGUGGCCCAGCAGCUGCAGCAGAAGGUCAACGGGGUGGUGGAGGAAAAGGAGAAGGUGGGGUCGGUGGAGACGAUAGGGGAAAAUGGGAGUUGCCGGUGGAAGAUGGAGACUGUGAAGGAUGUUCCGGAAGGCGGUAUGCUGAAUGCGUCUAGUGCGGUUCUAGGUUCGUUGCUAUCAUGCGAUGAGGAGACAUCGUUCCACUCGGAGAUGAUAAGUAAUUACCUCACCGCUGCACGCGCCCGUUUCGCUCAGCAUCUCAAAGACCGCGAACGGCGCGACAAUCUCCAGCUGCCCAACGGCAGCCUGCGGUGCGCCAACAUCGGUUGCGACAAUCUGGGCUCGUUAGCCAACAAUUAUCUGUGCGCGGGCUGCUAUAAUCGGCAGAAAACGCAGGUGGAGGAGAUGCGCGCCCAACGGGAGACGACCACCAUCGGCAAAUCCACCUUCUACGCCAGUAACGCCAAGGAGGAGCUGCCGGUGUUGAAUAAUCUAAAGACGGUGAGGGGGAACAGCACGCCGCAGCUGCCCCGGCCCAACCCGAUGGAAAUCAGUUCGGCGCGCUUCCGCCCGGUGGAGGAGGACUGCGAAGUGCGACGGUGUGCCACGGAGAACUGUCCGUUUUUCGGGCGGGAGAAGAAUGAGUGGCUGUGCUCCCAGUGCUACCGGUCGAAGAAUGUCGCCCUCAGGUGACGGGUGGGUGAGAAAUAGGGGCUCGCGAAGAGUAUUUUUUUGAUUGGCGUGGAUCGGGCUUCGAGUUUCCUUUUGGUAAAGUUUUACACAGAGCGGCGUCGUUGUUAUGUGGUGUUUUUUUGAUAAAAGUUUCAUUGUGUUUUUUGGUUGGGUUUGGCCGGUGCACACGAGGAUAAAACUAAAUGAUAAGGGUGCAUGGAAUUUUGCUGUUAUGUGCAUAAUGUUACUGUACUGUAUUUAUUUUCUGUAUCUGUAUAGUGACGGUGGCAUACCUGUAUAUACGAAUAAAACUAAAUUCGCAAG